AUGGAGAUAAAGAAUAUAGCAGUUACCUGCAUCAUCUCGGGCGAAGUUACUAGACGAAUAAAUUCAGGAUUCUGCAUAGUUAAGAAUGCUAAAGCCGCCCAUACCACCAAAUUAGCAGAAAAUGUGAAUUGGAGACUGGAUGAAGGAAUCGAAGUGCAUAACAGCGAUUGCAGCAGUCACUGUGACCAGAGGCCCAAGGGUUGGGAAGUGGGCUCGUAUUCGGAGAAGCAGACAGCCAUGGUUUUACGGAUGGUCUCAGGAUCGUUAACUAUGUGCACAAGUUCUGGGUUACGAUCCAUAAACUCACGCACACGUGAACCGUUCAUGAUCAAAUCGUGCAUGGUUUCGGGACUGAUUGUCGAGCUCAAUAUCUGGUAUGCAUCCAAAAUAGCCCGAAUCAUGUUAGGGUUUUGGGUGAGCAUGUCAGGAAUUGGAAGUCCAAAUAAACCACUGCCGUUUCCUGAUCCGUUCAGCAGUGUAGAAAGAAAUGAAGAUCCAAGACCGAAACCUCCGAGUGGCGAACCUCCUUCAGAAUCAACAUCACCUGUUGAAUUCGUACUUUUGACUCCAGCAUGGCUUGUGGCUGCACUAUGUGACGGUGCAUCUGAGGAAAGACCUUGA